UCAAAUGCAAUGACUUCGGAAUUGGCCUCGUUUAUCACAUCCGUGUUCACUAUGGACUUGUUGGAUUACGAGUCCAUGUUGUUGAGGGACAUCCAUCUUACUGAACAGGAACAGAGGACCAUUUACCGACAAGCGAAGGACAUCGAGGAAAUCUUACGUUGGUUCAAUGUCAAACUGGCUGGAGUUUCACAAACGCUAGAGGAAUUCAGUUACCUGAUGGAUCACGAGGUAAGUCAGUCCUUCCACGAUAACUAUUUUGAACUCUGA